AUGUUCCAUCAAGAUCUCAAUCGCUGUCUGGACGCGUUCAUUGUUGCGCUGAACCAGAGCUGCGACGGGAAGAAAUGGUACACGUCGAGAGCGGACCUUCAGCUGGCAUCGUUGGCGUUCUGUAGGUUGUCGGCAUGUUCCCGCACCGUGCCUGACGGUGGAUAAGGAUACACCGCCUCGUCUAUGGGCUGGUGUUGUUCAUGAUGGUGACGGUCAGAAACCUUGCACCACAGCAGCCGAGGGUCCUUUGGCUGUGACGCUCGUGCCGGCCUUUCGAGUGCGUGAGGUGGUGUGGAAGUCAACCGAACCGAUAGAAGGCAUCGUCCUGUCUUCGUCGCUGCGGCGCACAACGUUUGGGAGGGAUUUCAACCAUAGGAUCGACGGAGGCCUCUGACCCGCACCCGUGGAGGAAAUCGUUGUCGGUCACGCCUUCAACCAGCCAGUGAACGGCGUCAGGUGGCCCACUUCCCUCCAAAAACCUGUUUUUGGUCGUCGAUUUAGCCAACCAGUAGACGAAGCAGUGUGACCGGUGUCGUUACAAGAUCUGGUGUUUGGUAAGGAAUUCGAUCAGUCACUUCACGCAGGUAUCCUACCCACGUCACUGCGCCGCAUAACGUUUGGGAGUCGUUUUAACCAGAGGAUCGACGAAGUCUCGUGGCCUGCAUCCGUGGAGGAUAAUUUUUUUCGGAUUCUCCUCCAAUCAGCCAGUGAAGGGAGUAACCUGGCCCACAUCCCUCGAAAAAGUUGUUUUCGGUCAAGAGUGCAACCAGCCAAUGGACGAAGCAGCGUGGCCGGCGUCUUCGCAGGAGUUGUCGUUCCUUGGGAGUUUCAAUCAAUCGCUUCACGGAGGUGAACUGCCUACAUCACUACGACGUCUUCGCGUUUGUAGGGUUUUCGACGAGAGGACCGACGGAUAUUGCCGACAUCGCUGGUGCAACUGGAGUUAGGCGAUUAACCAGCCCGUCAAUUACGUCUCAUGGCCCAUAAAACUCCAGAUACUUUAUUUCGGCGAUGUUUCAACCAGCCAUGGGAUGAAACAG